UUGGGCCUCUCCUCCUCCUCCUCCUCUCCCUCUUCCUCCUCAAAUACUUCUCAUGCAUAUUCCCGAAGGCUUUAAUCUGACGGCGCACAUCACAAAGUCAGCGAGGCUUCGGAGCUGCCCGCAUUUCUCAGCUGUUCUGCUUCUGUUUUUCUUGUUGUUGCUGCUGUUGUUGUUCCUGCCUGCAGUUGCCGGCCCGCCUGGCUUUCUGAUGGUUUUCGCUUGAUAAGGUGUUCGGGACACUUUUACCGUGCACAGUCACUUUGGCUGCCCCGGGAGGGGGGGCGUCAUUCCGUGUGUGGAUCGGACUGCGGGGACUGACCGGUACGCAUCAGCCAACAUCAGGGCCACUCAGCGCAAACCUGGACUCCGCUCAUCGUGUCCAAACUCUGGUAGCAGCAGCAGCAGCGCUGGACUCUCCCACUCACCGGACAGACCCGCUCGCUCUGACCAGCCCGCUUCUCACAGAGCCAGAGUUUAUUAAAAAUAACCUCUCCUGGCUUUAAAGACUUUCUCCCCUCUCGACGCGGCUGGAAGAGAAGCCCAAGAUGAGCAAAGCUGCCGGCUCAACAAGUGGCUGUUUGGAUAUUUUAAACGUCAAAUCCAGUCGGAUUCUGGAUAUCCCGUGUAAAGUGUGCGGAGACCGCAGCUCAGGGAAGCAUUACGGGGUGUACGCGUGCGACGGCUGCUCCGGCUUCUUCAAGAGGAGCAUCAGGAGGAACCGGACAUACGUCUGCAAGUCCGGCACUCAGGGCGGCUGUCCGGUGGAUAAAACUCACAGGAAUCAGUGUCGCGCCUGUCGCUUGAAGAAGUGUUUGGAAGUGAAUAUGAAUAAGGACGCCGUGCAGCACGAGCGGGGUCCGAGGACGUCCACCAUCCGGAAACAGGUGGCGCUCUACUUCCGUGGCCACAAGGACGUAAACAGCUCGGCCGCCCCGUUUCCCGCCGCCUCCAUCCCCGGACCGCCUUUCUUCACCACUGUCAGCCAGCUGGACACGCACAGCCUCGAGCUCAACACGGUGGCCAGCACGCCCGAGCGCCAGCAGACCAUGGUGGGACUCGCUCAGCCCACCCCUAAAUACCCACACGAAGUGAGCGGCGCUCCUCUGUAUUUGUAUGAAGUGGCCACGGAGUCGGUGUGUGAGUCAGCGGCGCGUCUGCUCUUCAUGAGCAUCAAAUGGGCCAAGAGCGUCCCCGCCUUCUCCACCCUGCCCUUACCUGACCAGCUGAUCCUAUUAGAGGAGGCCUGGAGGGAACUGUUCGUACUGGGCAUCGCGCAGUGGGCCAUUCCUGUGGACUCCAACACUCUGCUGGCUGUUUCAGGGAUGACGGCAGAUAACACAGAGUCUCAGAGGCUCAACAAGCUGAUGGCAGAGAUCCAGGCGCUCCAGGAGGUUGUGACACGUUUCCGGCAGCUGCGGCUGGACGCCACAGAGUUCGCCUGCCUCAAGUGUAUAGUCACCUUUAAAGCAAUUCCAACGCACAGUGGCUCGGAGUUGAGGAGCUUCCGAAAUGCCAGCGCCAUUGCAGCCCUGCAGGACGAAGCCCAGCUCACCCUGAACAGUUACAUCCACACCAGGUACCCCACUCAGCCGUGCCGCUUCGGGAAGCUGCUGCUGCUCCUGCCCGCGCUGCGCUCCGUCAGUCCGUCCACUAUCGAAGAAGUGUUCUUCAAAAAGACCAUCGGCAACGUCCCCAUCACGCGGCUCCUGUCCGACAUGUACAAAUCCAGCGACAUAUGAAACCUGCGCUCGGAGACCGAAGCAGGACCUCACAAAGCUGGCCUGGGACAGCGAGAGGCCGCCUUAGGCCCCGUCCCAAAAACAAUCUGCCACGAUUAUCGUCAUGUAACGCGGGCGAGCGUCCACGAUGCUUCUGGAAACACCUCGACGCCUCUUACGAGUGAUGUUCUUAACAGCACAGAGUCCAGAUGGGAGACUGUGCGGACUGUCCAGAACUAAAGACUAGGAGGGGCUAGACAAGUUGACUGAUCUAAACGAUACAUUUCUAACUCAUUUCCAUCUAAUCUACAAUAUUUAAGUCUAGAACUUGCUUUUCCUCCAACGGCAGUUUGGGACAAAACAGAGGCAUCUUUGUAGUCAUUCUUGGCUGGACUGAUAGUUGCGUGCAAUCACGGAACCAUUGCUCAGUGACAGAACCUUUUAAAGACUCUAAAAGACCAAUGAGCUUUUCCAACCAAUGUUUUCUCCAUUUCAACUUUGUUUAUUUCAUUUGCAGCGUUCUGUCUGUGAGGGCGAUGGCGGAAACCAAAAAAAAAGAUAGAGAGAAGAAGAGAAAGAGAGAGAAAGAGAGGGAAA